AUGGAUGACCUAUUGGACGUUAUAGUUGCUCUGAGCGUUCUCACUUUAGGAGUUAUAGGUGGAUUAAUUUUGAUUAUUAAGAAUGUCAAAGUCGUACGCCGAUUGUUCUCUUGUCAUAGAAAAUCUGAAGAUGUUGAAAAGGCUGUUCACAGGCGAACGACGAUUCGUGUUGUACGGAAAGCAGGAACAAUUCAUGGAGGAACAGCACCAAGUGUCGCAUCAAAAACUCCCGUUAAAAGAAUCUUCUCCAAUCCAUUACCAACACCUCCAUCGGCUACAAAAGCCAAAGAAUUCGUCUAUAUUGUUCCGAGGAGUCCGACGUAUAAAAUGGAAAUGGCUUCCACAGCGCACAGCGUCGUAAGCCCUCAAACCUCUUUGUCCACAACCAGCACUUAUUUGCCUUCACAACUUCCUCCUGUUUCUACUCGCAGAGGAUCGUGUUAG